CAUCACUAUAGAAAACAUUCAAAAAGUGGUAGCUGAAACAAAAUGUUACUAAGCUAUGGAUUUUGGAUUUUCAUAGCCAUAUCAACAGCCAAAAGUGAUGAUUCUAGCCAAAAUAUCAUCGAAGGAUACGCAAGUGAAGUGUUCUACUUUAACUUUGAUAUGAAUCUUUGGACAUUUACAAUUGCUUCGGAAUCGAAGAUUUUGGAUGAAAAUUUUGAGAUGCCUGUAAACAAAAGUUCAUGUGUUAAAGCUCUUAGACAAAGAUACGCUGAAAACACAAUGUUUUUGCCUGUAAAAAUUGAUAAAGUGUUCCCAAACUUAGUUGUCUAUGAAUUCAACGAGUGUCGGAUUCAGCAAAUUAUGUAUAAAAAUAUGAAAAAUCUAAGACAACUUCAGCUUAUUAACUUGGAAGCUAAUCAAAUAUCAACAAUUCCUGCAAACACUUUCAAUGAUACACCAAUUGUGAAAUAUUUAAAUUUGGACAAAAAUCAGCUUACUUACAUCGAUGAGCAUGUAUUUAGUAACCUUAAAAACCUUCAGUCACUUAACCUUCAACAAAAUAAAAUAACCUUUAUAUCGAAAUUUGCCUUCAAAUACUUGUCAGAACUACGUAAAAUCUCACUUGGCGACAAUUUACUCCAAACAUUAGAGAAUGCACACUUUAGGAACACCAGAAAACUUGAGAAAAUAUUUUUAAGAAAUAAUAAAAUUCAUUCUUUAAGUCCAAGAAUGUUUAAUGGAAAAGGAAGUUUGAAAAAUGUGGAUUUAAAAAACAACACUUGUAUCAAUGGUGAAUUUUGUCUUGAAAAGACCAUUGAUGAACGUACUUUACAGUAUCCUUCAUUUGUCUAUGUCGACUUUCCACAUAGAUUUAAGCCAAGAACUGACUAUUGUGAAUUCUUGUUUGAUGAAAUGAUUAAUAAAAUUUUGAGUGAUUGUUAGACACGAUUAGUAUGGUUACGGGAGGACAUGCCUGUGUUAGCUUUAGCUUUUCAUCUGCGACUAGCUUCAAUAAAUUUCAAAAUAAACUUAAUUUU